AUGCCAACAAACGGCGUACCCCAAAUCUGUGGCGGUAGCUUGAACCAAACCACGGGGAACAUCACCUCUCCGAACUGGCCAGACCUGUACGAGCCUCUUGACAGCUGCGAGUGGCUGAUCACUGCUCCGGCGGAGGGAUACAUUUCCCUGAACUUUAUCAGGUUUAACCUUACAGGUUCAAUUUUCGGCUAUAGUUGUCAGCUGACAGACAAAGUCACAAUCUACGACGGCAACAACACAGGCUGUGACGUCAUUGGAACGCUGUGUGCCGCUUGGCCGCCUUCGGGAGUACUUCGGUCCAGCGGUCGGCACAUGUUCGUGACAUUUCGGGCACAACGAGUCGGCCGCUACCCAGGAUUCUUUGCAACAUACAACGCAAUGUCACCUUCGGUUGACUGUAGCAAUGCCCUUGGCUUGGAGAACGGGCAGAUAAAGGACACCCAACUGUCUGCGUCUUCACAGUUGCCUAACUACGAGGCCUGGAAAGCCAGGCUAAAUGGGGGUAUCGCCUGGCAGUUCAACGUGUCAUACAAUAGCGAACCUUGGUUACAGGUGAACCUCACAACGAACCACUAUGUCAGCGGUGUGCAGACACAGGGAAAGUGGGGAGGAUGGCUGACGUCAUACAUGAUCAAGUACAGCAUAGACGGGUUCACUUGGAGUUCAUUUGAGGACGGAAAGGUUUUUCCUGCAAACAGUGACGGUUUGGACAUCACUCAGCAAAUCCUGGACCCUCCCAUUUUCGCAACCUAUCUACGCAUCUACCCCCUGACAUGGAAUGGGAACGUCCCAAGGCUGAGGAUGGAACUGUUAGGGUGCACCGGAACGACCAGUGGGACUGUACCAACUCAUAGCGCUAAUGAAACUACAUCAGUAUCAUCAACAUCAAUGUCACCCCCAGUUGUUCACGUGUCUACAACUAGAACUACUUCACAAACCAGCCCACCCACCUCGGGAAGCACUGAAGUCUCUGAAAGUACAGGAUGGAGUACACAUUUGACGACAGCAGGGGGAAGUAGGACCACACAACCUAUGACGUCAGACGGUGCAACUAGAACCACACGACUUCCUACGUCAGAAGUAGCAACAAGAACCACACAACAUGUGACGUCAGACGAUGCAACUAGAACCACCCAACUUCCUACGUCAGAAGUAGCAAUAAGAACCACACAACUUGUGACGUCAGAAGGUGCAACUAGAACCCCACAACACGUGACGUCAGAAGGGGCAACUAGAAGCACACAGCUUUUGACGUCAGGAGGGACAACAAGAACCACACAACCUCCAACGUCAGAAGCAACAACUAGAACCACCAAACUUGUAACGUCAGAAGGGGCAACUACAACCAUACAACAUAUGACAGCAGAAGGGGCAGCUACGCAAGUGACGUCAGAAUCGGGGACUAAGACCACACAAUCUCUGACAUCAGAUAGUAAAACUACAAACACGCAACAUGUCAUGACGUCAACCACGCAACAACUAACAUCGGAGGGGAUUACUGUGACCAGGCAGCCACUGACGUCACCCAUGAUCACGCAAAAUGUGACGUCAGAACAGGGUACCACAACCACAUCAAAAGAUUCACUAAUGACGUCACCGUUGCCCUUCACCACAACAUCACCAAUGACGUCAUCCACAGAGUACCCCAAAAUGACGUCUCCGGCCAUCAAACCGUUUUCUACACCAUCAAAAACCACAAUCAAGCCUGAAGUAGCAACAUUUACCACACAUCAGAAGCAUACGACCUGGAAAACCCUCACGACGAAGGAGAUGGUCGACAAGCAGACUACGAAGCCCCCAGCCGCCGCAGAGUUACAAAAUGGCGGCAGUAACAGCAUCGUUGCCAUAGCAGCGGGAGCCGGAGGUGCGGCGCUCUUGCUACUAGUAAUCAUCAUUGUGUCUGUCGUCUGCUACAAGAAAAAGAAAGCGAGGCAAACUGACGACAAGACAUCCCUCCCUCUGAACGAGAUAAAGGCUGGAACAAAGGACGGUGCAGAAUUCAAGGACCCCCCUUACUUAUACCCCGGACAACAAAACCUGCCGCUCGCAUAUGCAAACUUUGACCAAGUCUACGAACAAGUAAUCAAGAAAACAUGAACUCUCAUUGCAAUUGUGAAAAAGAGAAUAUAUAUAAUCACCAGCUAUGUCAUAAUUUCAAAACUAUAAAAUUCAACAUAACAAUACAAGCAGAACUGCCACUCAGAACUGAUAAAAUUUGUUGAUGUGGACACCAUUGACGAGAUUCUCAAUACUUGUAUCAAUUGUCUAAUCUAUCAAACUACUGCUAUAGAUACUCUUCGUAUAAGUAAACACACUUACACACACACACGCUCAUACACACAAAAACACACACAUACACACACACGCGCGCGCAUAUAUUUUUGUGUAUGUGCGUGUGUUUGUGUGCACGUGUGUGGUAACCAGCAUUUCCAGGUCUGACCUAUCCCCAUUCUUGCUACAUCAUAACAUAAUUUAAUCGAGCACUACAGGGUUCCAGGCACUUAAACAGUAAUAAUAGUAACAGCCGUGCUUAUUUUCUUUUUGCAAAUAGAGAAUAGGAAGAAUCGACUGUACAAAGUGGGACGAAAUCAUAAAAAGAAGGAGAAAGCACAUCAGUCGUUGUGCAAAUACAUUGACUCCAUCCGAACUUGCACAUAGAAAUUGCCUACAUUGUUAAUAUUAGAAACAACCUUUUCGACACAAUCAAUACAAUAUUUCCAACUUUUCACCAGAACCCACUAGUCAUUAAAGACGUGGGACUUUUCAU